CACAAAAAGUUCCACCCAAAAAAAAAAAAAAGGAAAAAAAAAAAUACCAUUUCACUUUUUAAUCCUCCCAAAAUCUCAUAUUCAAUAAUGAGGACGAGAAAUUCCUCCAUUGUUAUUGUUUUCUUCUUCUUCUUCUUCACGAUUCUUGCCUUAUCUUCAGCCUACCCAUUAAAGAAGAAACAUUACAAACCAUGCAAAGAGCUAGUCCUUUUCUUCCAUGACAUUCUUUACAAUGGCAAAAACGCUGCUAAUGCAACUUCUUCAAUAGUUGCAGCCCCUGAAGGAGCUAACAGAACCAUCUUGGCAGGUCAAUUUCAUUUCGGAAACAUAGCGGUUUUCGAUGAUCCUAUUACUGUUGACAACAAUCUUCAUUCAAAACCUGUUGGAAGAGCACAAGGUUUUUACAUAUACGACACCAAGAACACCUACACUGCUUGGCUUGGCUUCACAUUUGCUCUCAACAGCACAGAUUAUGGACAUGGCGCUAUAAGUUUCGCUGGAGCCGAUCCCCUUUUGAUUAAGACGAGGGACAUUUCGAUUGUGGGAGGCACCGGAGAUUUCUUCAUGCAUAGAGGAAUUGCUACUAUCAUGACUGAUGCUUUUGAAGGUGAAGUUUAUUUCCGGCUCCGGGUGGACAUCAAAUUUUAUGAGUGUUGGUAAAAUAUAUAUAUAUAUGGCCAAACUCAUAUCAUAUUGAAAUAUUUGAUCUACAAGGGUUGAGGGGCAUUUCGAGUUUGUUGUUUUUCCUUGUGUUUACGUAGUUCUAAUUAAGAGUGAAAAAUGUUUGGAUUGGAAGUACAUGGUGCUUAAUUAACUAAUAAAUUAUGUAAGGAGGAUUUUCAUCGCAUAAAAAAGAAAAAAAAAAGCAAUAGCAGUACUAUCAUUAUCCUGUAAUUCAAUAUAGAUAUAAAGCUAAUAUUCCUGCUUGAUUUUGACCCUUUUCGCACCUUUUA